AUGCACACCAGAAGACUCCUGGACUGGUGCCAGGGCCCUUCCCCCGCCUGCGAGCAGGUUGUAUGUGUGGAAGGCCAUAUGACCAAGACCCUGAACUACCUGGAGAUGGGUCCUUCAAACGUCUUGAAGCCUGGGCCAUACAGCACUGCUCUAAAACCUCACCCGCUCAGCCCUGCUCGGAUAUAUCCUGGCGAGCCUUCCAAAGCCAAGCUAGACCCGUACGGUGGUGCCCUGAACCCAUGGGACUGGAGUAAGAACCACACAGCGAUGGAGCACUUCAACCAGCGAGCCAAGAGGAAGCCCUCAUUGAAAGCUGGACGCACCAAGAAGAUCUUUGGCUGGGGGGACUUCUAUUUCAACAUCAAGACCCUCAAAUUUAGCUUGCUGGUGACGGGCAAGAUUGUGGAUCACAUUAAUGGCACCUUCAGUGUCUACUUCCGGCACAACUCCUCCAGUCUGGGCAACGUCUCGGUGAGCAUCGUGCCACCCACCAAGGUGGUGGAAUUUGAUGUCUUGGUUCCCCCUAUCCAAACCCAGCAUUUCCACCCCCAGCAGUCAACCUUAGCCGAGCCCAAGGAGUCCAAGACCUUCAAUUGCCACGUGGAGUACGAGAAGACUAACCGGGCACGGAAGAACAAGCCUUGCCUCUACGACCCCUCUAAGAUCUGCUUUACCGAGCAUACGCAGAGCCACGCUGCCUGGCUCUGCGCCAAGCCUUUCAAGGUCAUCUGCAUUUUUAUCUCCUUCUUCAGCAUUGACUACAAGCUGGUGCAGAAGGUCUGUCCAGAUUACAACUUCCAGAAUGAGAACCCCUAUUUUGGCUGAU